AUGCGUUUCCUUGUCUCCGCCCUAUCUUACAAUCGUGUUAAUUCGUUUUCAUCGCAUAUUAAGAGGUUACCGUUCUCAUCUACAACCUCAAAGUGCCCAACAUAUCAUCGAUAUUUCUCAAGCACCCGGGUCAAAUCCAGACAGGCUGCUGAUGAUCCCAAUUUCACAUCUAUAUUAGACAAUCCCCCAAAUCUGGUUCGUACUGGAAGAAGGCAUGGUCCGGGUCUUAUUGUUCUGGCUUUGAUCCCUAUAACAGCUUUCGCCUUGGGAACAUGGCAGGUCCAGCGUUUGGAUUGGAAAUCAAAGCUCAUUGCGAAAUUUGAGGAUCGCCUCGUUCGUGAUCCUUUACCACUUCCUCCACAUAUUGAUCCUUCAGCAAUAAAAGAAUUCGAUUACAGGAGAAUAUUCGCAAGGGGUCAUUUCAGACACGAUCAAGAAAUGUUGAUUGGUCCUCGCUUGCACGAUGGGAAAGACGGAUAUCUCGUCAUUACACCUUUGGAGCGGGAUGGGAAGGGCACCAGUGUUCUUGUAAAUCGAGGUUGGAUUGAAAAGAAGCAUAAAAAGCAAGCAAGCAGGCCCGACGGUUUACCGAAAGGUGAAGUAACCGUCGAGGGUUUACUGCGUGAACCUUGGAAGAAGAAUUAUUUCACGCCAGAUAACAGUCCACAGACUCAAGAAUUUUACUUUCCUGAUGUUGAGCAAAUGGCGAAACUAAGCGGAAGCCAACCAGUCUGGGUUGAAGAGACAAUGGAGCCUGAUCUCUUAAAGGCUUGGGAUCGAGCUGCACGUGGAAUUCCAAUCGGAAGGCCAGCAGAGGUCAACCUCCGAAAUAACCAUUCACAGUACAUAUUUACAUGGUAUGCCUUAGCUGCUGCUACAUCCGUUAUGCUAUGGAUGGUCGUAAAGAAACCCCCUGCAGAUAUUGCUCGACGAGUUCGUCAAAACAAAGAAUGGUCUUAA